AGUUUUGAAUUGCGGCGGGGCAAGGAGGGGGAAAAAAAAAACCCAAAACAGGCCCGUCUCCUGUGGCCUACCGUCUCCAAAACCGCCUUCCUCCAGAGCGACGAGUUCUCAUUCAUAAUGGCUGGGGGAAAAGCCGGGAAGGACUCUGGCAAGACCAAAACUAAGACGGUGUCUCGUUCGCAGAGAGCUGGCUUACAGUUCCCUGUUGGUCGUAUUCAUCGGCAUUUAAAGUCAAGGACUACGAGUCAUGGACGAGUUGGGGCGACGGCUGCUGUGUAUAGUGCUGCUAUCCUGGAGUACCUCACAGCUGAGGUUCUUGAGUUAGCAGGAAAUGCAUCCAAAGACUUGAAAGUGAAGCGAAUUACUCCCCGUCACUUGCAGCUUGCAAUCCGAGGUGAUGAAGAACUUGAUUCUCUCAUCAAGGCAACAAUUGCUGGUGGAGGUGUAAUUCCACAUAUCCAUAAAUCUCUCAUUGGAAAGAAAGGGCAACAGAAGACUGUUUAAAGGAUGCUUGAAUUCUUCUUUUCUUUUUCUUUUUUUGGACUCUUGGUGGGUUUCCAGUGGACUGCAUCUGUGAAACACAAUUUUGCCUUCUGUAACCUUGAAGCUGGAGCUCAUUGAGCUUUCUAACAAACCAAAAUUCCUCAUUUGAAGUCUUAACCUUAUUUAAGUGUUACAUGGCUUCAGAGAAGCUGUGGUCUGUAGUGGUUCCUGACUGUUUUUAGAAAUGUUGGAUUUUAAUGAUUCAUGAUUUUGUUGCUGAUCUGUAAUUUUUUUUACGCUUCAAGUUACUUCAUUCAAAUUUUUUGCAGUUAUAAGCUAAGAUUUAACUACAAGAGACUUUGGUCACUUAAGAACAGGAGCUGUUGCAAAACUAAUAAAAGAAUGUGAAGUACAAAGCCUUGUUGCUGAUGUUAAUCUCUUCUAGUUAAAGUAAAGGAUUUUAAUAAGCAGAAACUGAAAAGCGGGUUGUGUUGUUUUUUUUUGUAAAGACCUUUCUGCCAUU